AUAUGUUAUAAUCAAUUCAAAUUAAACCAACAAAUUGCAAGCAAUUGGAUUCAGGAUAAAAAUAUACAAAAUUUCACCAAACUGACGGGAAAACUGUGAAAACAAUGCAUUUAAUCAAAGUAAAGACUAAACUCGCGCUGAAAAUGCCCGAAUUCGAAAGAAACUAGCGAAAAGCGCAAUUCAAAAAUCGCACAAUAAAUUGCAACAUCCACAGCAACAACAACCAUAGGAACAAAAAAAAAAUAAAAUAAGACAAGAAGCAGGCAACAAAAGAGAGCCAGGAGGAGAGGAAAACAACAACGAAAACAGCAAAACGACGGCCCCAAAAUGUUGUACCAGCUAAGUAAAGCCACUACUAGAAUCCGGCUCAAAAGGCAAAAAGCCGUUCCACAACAUCGCUGGCUCUGGAGUUUAGCAUUUCUGGCAGCAUUUACACUAAAGGACGUUCGAUGUGCAGAUCUAGCCAUAAGUAUACCCAAUAAUCCCGGCAUGGACGAUGGGGCCUCCUAUCGACUGGACUACAGUCCGCCCUUCGGCUAUCCGGAGCCCAACACGACGAUUGCCUCGCGGGAGAUCGGCGAUGAGAUUCAGUUCUCACGCGCCCUACCGGGCACCAAAUACAACUUUUGGCUGUACUACACGAAUUUCACGCACCACGAUUGGCUCACCUGGACGGUGACGAUAACAACAGCUCCCGAUCCGCCAUCGAAUCUGUCCGUUCAGGUGAGGAGCGGCAAGAAUGCCAUCAUCCUGUGGUCUCCGCCCACCCAGGGCAGCUAUACGGCCUUCAAGAUCAAGGUGCUCGGACUGUCGGAGGCGUCGAGCAGCUACAACCGCACCUUCCAGGUGAACGACAACACAUUCCAGCACAGCGUCAAGGAGCUGACACCGGGAGCCACCUACCAGGUGCAGGCCUAUACCAUCUACGAUGGCAAGGAGUCGGUGGCCUACACCAGUCGCAACUUCACCACAAAGCCCAACACUCCGGGGAAAUUCAUCGUCUGGUUCCGUAAUGAGACGACACUGCUGGUCCUGUGGCAGCCGCCGUAUCCGGCGGGCAUCUACACGCACUACAAGGUAUCCAUCGAGCCGCCGGAUGCCAACGAUAGUGUGCUCUAUGUGGAGAAGGAGGGCGAACCGCCCGGACCGGCGCAGGCUGCCUUCAAGGGUCUGGUGCCCGGUAGGGCGUACAACAUAUCCGUGCAGACGAUGUCCGAGGAUGAGAUCUCAUUGCCGACGACGGCGCAAUAUCGAACGGUGCCGUUGCGUCCGCUGAACGUGACCUUUGACCGCGACUUCAUUACCUCCAAUUCGUUCCGGGUGCUGUGGGAGGCGCCCAAGGGCAUCUCCGAAUUUGACAAAUACCAGGUUUCGGUGGCCACAACACGACGCCAAUCCACGGUGCCGCGCAGCAACGAACCGGUGGCAUUCUUCGAUUUUCGCGACAUCGCCGAACCGGGCAAGACGUUCAAUGUGAUCGUGAAGACCGUAUCCGGCAAGGUCACCUCGUGGCCAGCCACCGGGGAUGUGACACUGCGACCACUGCCCGUACGCAAUUUGCGGAGCAUCAACGAUGACAAGACGAAUACCAUGAUCAUUACAUGGGAGGCGGAUCCGGCCAGCACGCAGGAUGAGUACCGCAUUGUAUACCACGAACUGGAGACAUUUAAUGGUGACACCAGUACCCUGACCACGGAUCGGACUCGAUUCACCCUGGAGAGCCUGCUACCCGGCCGCAACUACUCAUUGUCCGUCCAGGCGGUAUCCAAGAAGAUGGAAUCGAAUGAGACUAGCAUCUUUGUGGUCACCCGACCCUCGUCGCCCAUCAUCGAGGACUUGAAGAGCAUCCGGAUGGGUCUGAACAUCAGUUGGAAGAGCGAUGUCAACUCCAAGCAGGAGCAGUACGAGGUGCUGUACUCCCGCAACGGAACCAGCGACUUGCGCACCCAAAAGACCAAGGAGUCGCGCCUGGUGAUUAAGAAUCUGCAGCCGGGUGCUGGCUAUGAACUCAAGGUGUUUGCAGUCAGUCACGAUCUGCGAAGCGAACCACAUGCCUAUUUCCAAGCAGUUUAUCCGAAUCCACCACGUAACAUGACCAUCGAGACGGUGAGGAGCAACUCGGUGCUGGUCCACUGGUCACCGCCGGAAAGCGGUGAAUUUACCGAGUACUCGAUACGCUAUCGCACGGACAGCGAACAGCAGUGGGUGCGCCUGCCCAGCGUUCGGUCCACGGAGGCGGAUAUCACCGACAUGACCAAGGGCGAAAAGUACACCAUUCAGGUGAACACGGUCAGCUUUGGCGUGGAGAGUCCAGUGCCGCAGGAGGUGAACACCACAGUGCCGCCGAAUCCGGUGUCCAAUAUCAUUCAAUUGGUGGACUCACGGAACAUCACUUUGGAGUGGCCCAAGCCAGAGGGUCGCGUGGAAUCGUACAUUCUUAAGUGGUGGCCCAGCGAUAAUCCCGGUCGUGUCCAGACCAAGAACGUCUCCGAGAACAAGUCGGCCGACGAUUUGUCGACAGUGCGUGUCCUCAUCGGCGAACUGAUGCCCGGCGUGCAGUACAAGUUUGACAUCCAGACGACGUCGUAUGGAAUCUUGUCGGGCAUCACCAGCCUGUAUCCGCGCACUAUGCCGCUCAUCCAGUCGGACGUGGUGGUGGCCAAUGGCGAGAAGGAGGACGAGCGGGACACCAUCACUCUGAGCUACACACCCACGCCGCAGUCGUCGUCCAAGUUCGAUAUCUAUCGGUUCUCCCUCGGCGAUGCCGAGAUCCGGGACAAAGAGAAGCUGGCCAACGAUACGGAUCGCAAGGUGACGUUUACGGGUCUGUUGCCUGGUCGACUGUACAACAUCACAGUUUGGACUGUGAGCGGUGGUGUGGCCAGUUUGCCUAUACAACGACAGGAUCGCCUCUAUCCGGAACCCAUCACUCAGCUGCAUGCCACAAACAUCACGGAUACAGAGAUCUCACUGCGCUGGGAUUUGCCCAAGGGCGAGUACAAUGACUUCGAUAUUGCCUACCUCACGGCGGACAAUCUGUUGGCCCAGAAUAUGACCACCAAGAAUGAGAUCACCAUCAGUGACCUGCGACCCCACAGGAACUACACAUUCACCGUGGUGGUUCGUUCCGGCACUGAAUCGUCGGUGCUGAGGAGCAGUUCACCAUUAUCCGCUAGCUUUACGACCAAUGAAGCGGUGCCAGGUCGAGUUGAACGCUUCCAUCCCACGGAUGUCCAGCCCAGCGAGAUCAAUUUCGAGUGGUCGCUGCCAUCCAGUGAGGCAAAUGGCGUCAUCCGCCAGUUCUCGAUAGCCUAUACAAAUAUCAAUAACCUCACGGAUGCGGGCAUGCAGGACUUUGAGUCGGAGGAGGCAUUCGGUGUGAUCAAGAAUCUAAAGCCCGGCGAGACCUAUGUGUUCAAGAUUCAGGCCAAGACUGCCAUCGGUUUCGGUCCGGAGCGGGAGUACCGGCAAACGAUGCCGAUACUAGCGCCACCACGUCCUGCCACCCAAGUGGUGCCCACCGAGGUCUAUCGCAGCUCAUCGACCAUUCAGAUUCGGUUUAGGAAGAACUACUUCUCGGAUCAAAACGGUCAGGUGCGCAUGUACACGAUCAUCGUGGCCGAGGAUGAUGCCAAGAAUGCCUCCGGCCUGGAGAUGCCCAGCUGGCUGGAUGUGCAGUCGUACAGCGUUUGGCUGCCCUAUCAGGCCAUAGAUCCGUACUAUCCAUUCGAGAACCGAUCCGUGGAGGACUUUACCAUCGGCACUGAGAACUGUGACAAUCACAAGAUCGGCUACUGCAACGGACCACUGAAAUCGGGAACCACCUACCGGGUGAAGGUGCGGGCGUUCACCGGAGCGGAUAAGUUCACGGAUACCGCCUACAGUUUUCCCAUUCAGACAGAUCAAGACAACACCUCACUGAUUGUGGCCAUUACGGUGCCGCUAACUAUCAUCUUGGUGCUCCUGGUGACGCUUUUGUUCUACAAACGACGACGCAACAAUUGCCGUAAGACGACCAAGGAUUCGAGGGCCAAUGACAAUAUGUCCCUGCCGGAUAGCGUAAUCGAGCAGAAUCGCCCCAUUCUGAUCAAGAACUUUGCGGAGCACUAUCGCCUGAUGUCCGCCGAUUCGGACUUCCGUUUCAGCGAGGAAUUCGAGGAACUGAAGCACGUGGGCCGAGAUCAGCCGUGCACUUUUGCCGAUCUGCCCUGCAAUCGUCCGAAGAACAGAUUCACCAAUAUACUGCCCUACGAUCACUCACGUUUCAAGCUUCAGCCGGUGGACGAUGAUGAGGGCAGUGAUUACAUCAAUGCCAACUACGUGCCGGGUCACAAUUCACCGCGCGAGUUCAUCGUGACCCAGGGACCAUUGCAUUCGACUCGCGAUGACUUCUGGCGAAUGUGCUGGGAGAGCAACUCGCGGGCCAUAGUCAUGCUGACCAGGUGCUUUGAGAAGGGUCGGGAGAAGUGCGACCAGUAUUGGCCAAAUGAUACGGUGCCCGUCUUCUACGGGGACAUCAAGGUGCAGAUACUCAACGACAGUCACUAUGCCGACUGGGUGAUGACCGAGUUCAUGCUGUGCAGGGGCAGCGAACAGCGCAUCCUGCGGCACUUCCACUUCACCACCUGGCCGGACUUCGGUGUUCCCAAUCCGCCACAGACACUGGUGCGCUUCGUGCGCGCCUUCCGCGAUCGAAUUGGUGCGGAACAGCGACCCAUUGUGGUCCACUGUAGCGCCGGAGUGGGAAGGUCGGGCACCUUCAUCACCCUGGAUCGCAUCCUGCAGCAGAUCAACACGUCUGACUAUGUGGACAUAUUUGGCAUUGUGUAUGCCAUGCGCAAGGAGCGCGUUUGGAUGGUGCAGACGGAGCAGCAGUACAUCUGCAUCCACCAGUGCCUGCUGGCGGUGCUCGAGGGGAAGGAGAACAUCGUGGGUCCCGCUCGCGAGAUGCACGACAACGAGGGCUAUGAAGAUGACGAGGGCAUUGCAGAGUCGGGCAUGUAAAGCCAUUCCAGAACCCAAUACUCCACCCAAUCCAAGCCAGCCAAGCAACGAACCAACCAACUGAACUCAACUCAACCGAAUGGAAACCCAACCCAACCCAACAGAACCCAACCAUCUUGUGGCAACUACAUUAUUAUUUACUUAAGGGACGAAGUGCGGAGAGAGCGCGGAGGAGGAUCAACGCUUGAUAUUAUACUUGGAUAUAUGUGUACUACACUGGAUACUACUGGAUAUAUAUAUAUACUCUACACCGCGAUCUAUCGAAUGGGAAUGCAGCAAUCUCGCCAAACAGAACGAAUACGCAUCAAUUUAUACAUUUUAUAUAUAUAUAUAUAAAUAUAUAUAUCUAAGAUAUCGAGGAAUCGGCGUACAAUGUAACCGCAAUUGCCGCUUUAAACCGACGGCAAUACUAAAUACUGGAAUACUGAUUGUAUUUUUACGCUAGCCACAAUUUGAUAUAAACUAUAUAUCUUCCAAUUUUUUUGUACACCUAAUGUUAGUUGAAAUAUGUGAGCGAGACGAGCAAAUUUUUGUAGCAAACUAAAAGCGCUAAAUGUUUACUUUUUUAUAUUAUUAUAUAUAUAAAUACUUGAUAAACAUAUACCUAAUAUUAGACCUAAACUAAACUAACUAUAAAUGGCACACACUCAUACACUCACACAAAAACACAAUGCAAUAAUUGAGUUACAUAGUUUUAAACAAAUGUUAAAACAUUUUGCUGCAACCGUCGGAGAUGUAGUGUACAAUUUUUAGUUUCUCGUAUUAUUUUUUUUUUAUGUCUGUCUUGUGUUUAAUUUUUUGUAACUUUUUACAAAGCGUAAACUGUGUAUGUAUGUGCUACAAUGAUUUUUGUUUAAUUAUAUAAAGUUUUUAUUUAAAAAAUCGAACACCACCUUGCAUUCUCCUCAUUUGAACUUGGCGCUCACACUUAUUACUUAUAUAGGUCGAAUACAGCGGGCGUUGGAGGUCAAUCCAAUCAGCAGAAAGUAAUGCAAAACACCGAAGUUAAUGUUUAAACAUAAACACACAAAGUGAAAAGAGUCGUGUUUCCAUAUUCACUUGAUUUAAUCGGCAUGCGAUGAAAAGAAGUGUUUGGAUAUUCAGCUUAAGACUCUAGCUUUUAACAAUUCAGCAAGCUUCAAUCGAUAAAAUUGUUGUAUAUAUUAAAUAGUUUAACACUGUGUAAUUUUAUUUAUCCUAGCUCGAUUCUAAGUGCUUGCCCAAAUGAUCAUUUAAAUUUGCUAACCCAAAAGAACUUAUUUAUUGGUUUAUUUAGACAAAAUUGAAAUGAAGUGCAUAUGGAAACGCAACUCACAAACAGACAGCACAAAUAGAACAACAGGAACAAAUGACCAACGCAUUUCGAAAGGCGAUAAUCAUUUACACGAAAAACCAAUAUAAUUAAACAGAAUCCCACGCAAACUGAAGACUAACUAACAACCAAGUUAAGAAGGGCUAGUUUAAUGGAGCGACAACUAAAUGUAACAAUAGCAAUAAAUUUUAAUGAAAAUUGUAGUCCAAAUAAUUUACAAACAUUUGCAUUUGUCCAAACUUAGUUGAAAUGAUUAACCGAACUGUGAAAGAGUGCAAUAGAAAUCGUUUUGCUUCUAGAUUAGUGAAAAAUACAACGAAUCCCCUAAUUUGAAUACAAAGCAAACCCAAAAUCCCCGCCCUCCCGCAAUAACAAUAAAUACACAUAUGCAUAAUUAUGCAAAAGUUAGAGAUGAUGAAACUAGAAAGUCUGUAUAAUGCGUACAUAAUAUACGACUCCAUUAUAUACACACACUCACACAUACUAAGGCCGACGACAUAACAUAUGCAUAUACAAUAUAGACAUAUAUUAAAUAUAUAUCAUUGUAAUAAUUUGUAAUGUUUAUCAGUAGAAUUAUGAUCCGAGGUGGAGCAGACGAGUAAAACGCAUGCAGAGAUCCAUUAAAGUGUACUGUAAAAUGU